AUGAACCACUUGAAUGGGCAACCUUGGUUGGAAGGUAUGCGAACCCAUGGGAACAUUCUGGGCAAGCAGCUCACCCAGAAUCUUCCCAUGGUACCUAAUAUGGAAACUCAGGAAAGACCCAACAACUGCAUAGUUCUCAGGCUCCUUUUUGUAGCAGCCUCACAGGGGGUUGAGAAGGUUACCCUUCUUCUCAACUCAUUCCCUGUGAAGGCAAGUGUAAUUACCUACUUCCUAAUGUGCAGCAACUCAUUCCCUGUGAAGCCCAGGGCAAGUCCCCUCAGCAACUUUGAGGAAUUAGUGGCUGGAGAAGACUCUCCAGUGCCACUCCCAGACCUCAUUGCUACGUCCCCUCUGGACGAAGGAUGGACCCUGACAGCGAUGGGUGGAUGGGUGGGUGAACGGAUGAUGAUGGCAGAUUGGUCUGAAGGUGGACUUGCAGGGUAG